GUCUCACACAAAUCCAAGUUCCCAAUCUUCAAAGCUCCCCUUUUAAAUAUGAACAAACCAUUGGAAAUAUGAGACCUUGCCCCCCUUAAUCUUUCUUUCCAUUCUUCUUCCUAAUCAUGGCUACUUCCAAUCUUUUCAAGUUAUUGAUUGGUGUUUGUUUUCUCGUGCUUCUUCACGGCCUUCCUGCCUCGGCGCAGCUUUUCGUCGUCAAUGGUUGUGUCUACUGCGACACUUGUCGGUGUGGUUUCGAGACCAACGUCUCCACUCCCGUUUCUGGGGCGAAAGUGAGGUUGGAGUGCAGAGAUAGAGCCACAUGGGUGUUGAAGUUCACCAAAGAAGCUACUACCAAUUCUAAAGGAAAAUACAAAAUUGAUGUGUAUGAAGACCACAAGGAUGAGAGUUGUAAGGUAGUUCUUGUGAGUAGUCCUCAUCGUGGAUGCGACCGUCCCGAUAUAGGCCGAAACAGUGCUACUGUCAUUCUCACCAACAACAAUGGUCUCACUAGUAUCUCCCGCUAUGCAAAUGCCAUGGGCUUCUUGAUUCGACGUCCUCUCGCUUUUUGUCCCACCAUUCUCAAACAAUAUCUCGACUUCGAUGAAUCAUUGUGAAAGCCGUCUUUCUCUUAACAAUGUCGAAUAUAUAUAUCUAGCUAUUAGAAAUAGUAAUUUAAGAAGAAUAAAGUUGUUAAAGGUCACUACAAAUGAUUGGUUUUUCAGGGUUUGAUUGCUUUCAUGCAUUGCAUUAUAGUUUUUUUUUUCUCCCUUCUUUUUAACUACUUCUUGGAAAAUGGAUAUGAUGGUGGUAAUGUAUUAACCUCUUGUUAAAUUAGCUUGAGUUCCAUUUUCUUGGAAGCUCGAUCCAUCGAGUAUGUACUUUGUUAUAUUUUUUUGGUGUUCUACCUAGUUUGAGGUUAUGUAUUUAAAUGUCCAAAGCAUAUAAAUUUAAUAAAUAAUAUAUUUGUUAUUCUUCAUAUGGUCAGAAAUCUUCUUGCCUUCUGAUCUGGUCUUUAA